UCGGUAUAUGUCAUUUUCUUCGUCGCAAUUUGUAGAGUACGCGUGCACGCUAUUUUUUAAUAAGACCUGUUCGCGUGAUCUCCUGCUGAUGUUCUGUUCGCUUCUUGUGAAGGCACAGUGGUCUCUUCAAAGCAUAGAACCAUGUCAGGCGAAGAUAUUGAAGUCGCCCCAGAUGUGGUCUCGGAAGCUCCUCUCGAGAGCACCGACACAAAUUACGGAAAGUUCAAGUUCACAUUGUCAUACCUUUGUCUGGCCUGCUGUACCUGGCUUCUACCUUGCGUUAUCUUCGGAAUCUUUGUCAUCAUCUCUUACAGCCUCAUUGACGAGUCCAAGCUGUUCUUGUUCACCGACAGCACGCCUCAAGCGAGCACCAUGCAUGUAACCUGGGGAGAGGACUCUCCGUGUCGGAUCCAUGCGUUCCUGGCGCCCUGCCGAGAUCGCGAACCGCACAUGCGGGAGAACCAAUUCUUCUUCCAGAGCUUUGGCAACUGUGAAAAGUACGACAAUCUUCCCUUGGGAUGCCUUCCAUUCCCACUUACAGCUCCCUAUCCACCACGAAACCUCGCCGAAUGCAAAACAAUGUGCGAGGGAGCAAUCGUUUCCCAAAUAUGCCAUACGGGCUGGAACGUGAGGCCCUGUCGCCGUUCGGACGUCACUGAAGUGUCUUUCUUCUACGACGCUUACUUUCGUGCGUGCGUCGAAUCUCCCGUUAUCGACGGUAAAUGGUACACCGCCCACAAGAGGUUCGCCACGAGAGCCGAAUGUAAUUACAAGUGCCAAGCGGACCCAUCAAUAGCUGAAUGCGUUGCGGUCCUUCAGCCUGUGCCUGACAGCUUCAAGAUACGCAAGGCAUUUUAUAACCCGUUCACGAGGAGGUGCGAAGAGUUUCGGAAGGAGCAUUUGUGCUUAGAAGGGGAUAACCAAUUUCACAGCGUCCAGAACUGCACCAAUACGUGCAGGCGAUAUCGACCGUAGUUGUAUAGCGACAAUGAUGCAUAUUUUGCAAACAUAUGUAUAAGAGAGAGAUGCAUGUUUAAGAAAAAUGAUUUUCAG